CCGGGGACGCGGAGCGGGCAGGCACGCGGUAGACAGACAGACAGACAGACAGACGGAGGCAGACGCGCACCCCCAGAGCACAGAUGCGCAGAGAGCCGGAGACACUGCUAGCGACGGAGGCAGGGAAUGAAAGGCUGUCUCCAGACGCGAGGGCAGUGGGGUGGGGAGAAGACGGAUCCGCGGGCACCGGACAAGUGGCUCGCUGCGGGCCGGGAUGUGGCUCCGCGGCACAGGCGCCUGCCCGGCAAGCUCACGGCUCUGAGUUCGCGUCCCGGUGCCUGAAUAAAUAAAGACGAUAAGAAGGGGCUCCCUGAGGAGGGAAAGCGGGGGUGGGACAAGGAAGAGACUCGGUUGCGACAACGCGCCUGCUUGCAGGAGGCGCCAGGUCCCCGUGCCGCACCUGGAGCCCCUCCUCCUUCCCUGCUGAGAGCGCAGGGGUGGCGGCGGAGAGCCCAGUCCCGGACCCUUCUGACGGAGCUUGCCUGCUACUGCAGGCGCCGGGAGGUGACACCGCCCCAGGCGCUGAUCCAUCCACCCACCGGAGCCUCCGGGCUUCGACAUGCUGGAGGAGCCCCUGCAGCGGCCUCCACCCCGGGGCCUCGCUGGUCUCCUGUUCCUGGCCUUGUGCAGUCGGGCUCUCAGCAAUGAGAUUCUGGGUCUGAAGCUGCCGGGCGAGCCGCCACUGACGGUCAACACCGUGUGCCUGACGCUGUCCGGCCUGAGCAAGCGGCAGCUGGGCCUGUGCCUGCGCAGCCCCGACGUGACCGCGUCGGCACUCCAGGGUCUGCACAUCGCCGUCCACGAGUGCCAGCACCAGCUGCGCAGCCAGCGCUGGAAUUGCUCAGCCCUGGAGGGUGGUGGCCGCCUGCCCCACCACAGCGCCAUCCUCAAGCGCGGUUUCCGUGAGAGUGCGUUCUCCUUCUCCAUGCUGGCCGCUGGGGUCAUGCAUGCGGUCGCCACGGCCUGCAGCCUGGGCAAGCUGGCGAGCUGUGGCUGUGGCUGGAAGGGCAGUGGUGAGCAGGAUCGGCUGCAGGCCAAACUCCUGCAGCUCCAGGCACUGUCCCGGGGCAAGAGCUUUCCUCACUCCCUGCCCAGCCCCGGCCCGGGCACAGGCCCCGGCCCCGGCCCCCAGGACACAUGGGAGUGGGGUGGCUGUAACCACGACAUGGACUUUGGAGAGAAGUUCUCUCGGGAUUUCUUGGAUUCCAGGGAAGCUCCCCGGGACAUCCAAGCACGAAUGCGAAUCCACAACAACAAGGUGGGGCGCCAGGUGGUAACUGAAAACCUGAAGCGGAAAUGCAAGUGCCACGGCACCUCCGGGAGCUGCCAGUUUAAGACGUGCUGGAGGGCAGCCCCAGAGUUCCGGGCUGUGGGGGCAGCGCUGAAGGAGCGGCUGGGGCGAGCUGUCUUCAUCGACACCCACAACCGCAAUUCUGGAGCCUUCCAACCCCGCCUGCGUCCCCGUCGCCUCUCAGGAGAGCUGGUCUACUUUGAAAAGUCUCCUGACUUCUGUGAGCGAAACCCCACCGUGGGAUCCCCGGGGACGAGGGGCCGGGCCUGCAACAAGACCAGCCACCUGCUGGACGGCUGCAGCAGCCUGUGCUGUGGCCGUGGGCACAACGUGCUCCAGCAGACGAGAGUCGAGCGCUGCCACUGCCGCUUCCACUGGUGCUGCUACGUGCUCUGCGACGAGUGCAGGGUCACAGACUGGGUCAACGUGUGUAAGUGAGGCUCAGCCUCUCCUCGGGCUGGGGAAGGGCACUGUGUGAAAGGGGUACUUUUCCGGCCCUGUACUCGGAUUUCUGUCCAGGGCUAGUCUUGGCCCCUGCAAGCUCAAAAUGUCUACUUGGAAACGGCUUUGGGGUAGUGGUGUCAGACAGAGCCUGUGGUUUGCAGCUCUCUCUGCACAGCUGGAGGGCCUCUGAGGGAAGCUGUCACCUUGCUUCUGCUCCUCAAACACCUGAAUGGACUCAGAGGAAAUGCACUGUAUUGCUCCUCUCUUCUCACCCCCAUGACCCCCAUAACCCCGACUCAUACUUCUAGCUUGGCCACUCCUCUCCCGAAGUGGUAACCCCCAGGCCUUGUGUGGGGCCAUUAAGACCUGUAGAAAGAGACCACCCUUUCCCGUCUGCUUCCUCAGACUCCUCCACCACAGCCUGGACCCCAUUGUUGGGUUAUGGGUGGCAGCUCUGGAAGAGAGGUUUUUUCUUCAGGAAGGGGCUUUUUCCUUCCCGAGUACUAGAGGGUACUCUCCUCUGAAUCCUCAGAGAGCUGGACUUCAGAAAGUCCAGGCCCUUAGGAAAGCGAUCUCCUUCCAUUCAGGUAUUAUAGGGGACCCUCCUGAGACUCUUGGCACCCCCUUUUCCCUCCUUGGGAAAAGAGGAGGAAGGAAAUGGGUAAUUUAUUGUACUGAUUAUUGUUCUUGAAACUAAAAUAAAUUAAGUUACUGGA